AUGGGUUCAUCGUCUCCCAUAUCGAUUAUUGAGGAUCUCAUCCCGGCGAUAUUGUCAAGAUUGCCUUCAAAGAUGUCAGCCGCUAGGUUUCGUUGCGUAUCGAAGCUAUGGGCAUCAAUGUUGGCUAGUCCAUAUUUCAAGGAGUUGUUCCGGACCAAUUCCUUGGCUAAGCCACGCCUCUUAUUCGCCAUCGUAAAAAAAGAUAAGUGGCGCUUCUUCUCGUUGCCUCAGCUUCACAACCCAUGCGAAAAGUCGUCGUCGACUCUUGUAGCAGCCGCCGACUUUCAUGUGAAGUUCCCUCGAAAGAUCCAUCAUAAUAGUAACCGAUUAUAUUUUGCACAUGGAUACGCCUCUGGUUUGAUCUAUUUCAGUGGUGCUUCGUCCGACGAUAAACUUGUGUUAUGUAACCCCAACACAGGAGGGUAUGCAGUCUUACCUUCUCUGAAACGUUACCGAAAGACGUAUAGUUUUUUCAUGUUUGAACCGAUUGAUAAGCAAUUCAAGAUAUUGUUCAUGGUUUAUUCUUGUUGUGAUCGUAAUCAUAAGAUUCUUACAAUAGGAACCGGAGAUAUGAAGUGGAGAACGAUAAAAUGUGCCUUGCAGCAUGAAAUCGCAAGUGAAGGCAUAUGCAUCAAUGGGGUUUUUUUUUACUUGGGUGAGACGUUCUCUCGGAAUAAUGAUGAUCACGUUUUAAAGUCUGAUUAUGUGAUAGUUUGCUUUGACAUUAGGUCUGAAAAAUUCACCUUUUUUGACACAGAAAGGUUUUGUAGAUUGAUAAACUACAAGGGCAAAUUAGCUGUGAUUUAUUUCGAAGAUGAUGUAAACACUCUUUCGUUUCUUUAUAGGAAGAGAUAUCAUGUCGAGGCUGAUGCCAUUAAUAAGUUGCAUGUGUGGGUUCUAGAGGAUGUUGAGACACAGGAAUGGUCUAAAUAUGCUUAUACUUGGACCGACGAUAAAUUUUUCCGUCGUCGACACGUAAAGGUUGCUGGAGUGACUGCUUGGGGUGAAAUUGUUUUUUCGAUGGACAAGUAUACACCUAAAGAACCAUUUUAUGUUUUCUACUUCAAUCCCGAAAGGAACACUCUCCAACGUGUUGAAAUCCAAGGUUUUGGUGAAGCGUGUUGUAGCGUUUACACAUUUGUAGACCAUGUAUAA